AGCCCAACCAUUGCCACCUUUAUCCACUAGCCCUACAAAACACUAAAAUUCUGCAACAAAAUCUCUGCAUCAAACCAAAAAUGGCAAAGAAAAUCCCAAAUCCCAAGAACAACAGUAUCAGAGAAUUGGAAACUGUAGAAUACCCAAUCAAAUGAGCAAAAACAAUGGCGAAAAAGAAGAGAAUGAUAAUCAAAAUUUGAGGCCAAGAUUCUUUGAUAAGAAAGCUAAGAACUUGUGCUGGGCUAAAGCUGCUCUUGUCCCAGGCCGUCAUCCCGACCGUUGGAGGAAGGAUGUUGCCGGCAACAUCGUUUGCAAGCGUUUCUGCAAUUGUUCUGGUUGUCUUUGCUUUGAGUAUGAUCAUAUUGUUCCUUUCUCCAAAGGAGGUGAGUCCACAAUGGACAAUUGUCAGAUCCUUCAGACUAGGGUCAACCGAUACAAAUCUGACAAAGAAAUGGAUCCCAAAAUACUGAGAGGCUAUUCCUGUGAUUUGAAGUUUACUGACAAAGAACUUGAUAUAGUUGAGAUGGCUGUGUAUGGGGACGUGAUGCGGCCAGGGAAUCAAUGUCGUUGCAGGUCUAUUGCUGAAAUGCUUGGAACUUUCAAGGCCAAAGAUCACAUGGCGCCUUGCAAGUUGCCAUACGUUGAAGAAUCAUGAUGUUUUAUACCAAAUACGAAGUAUGAUGGUUGAUGAUUUUUUCAAUUAUAUUCAUGUUCUGGAGAUUGCCAAUGCCGUCAAAUUGUAGAACAUAGGCAACUUAGCAUCUUCAUGACAAACAUAAACUUUGUGGAACUGAUUAUAUUUGAUUAUUGAACAUUGAAAACAGGAUUUUAAAACACUGGAAUUGCAAAUUAGUUUGUCAUUGGAUUUUGUUCA